AUGAAAAUCGAGCAGCUUCAACAACGUGAGAGAAAGUCAAGUGAAGAGGCUAUGGAGACGCCUGGUGGCAGCAUGGCUGAGCAGGUUUGCACGUGGAAGGGCCUUCGGAAGCGAGGGAGGAAGAAAGGCGUUAUUUCUGGGCUCGGGCAGGUGCUGGCGCUGGGCCCAGCUGGUCCUGGCGACGGCGAAACGGAGCGGAGAGAAAACGAGGGCGCCGUCGAGCGGAGUACAAAGAUGGCCGAGGAGAAGCCUUCGCACCCUAACGUCGUAGAUGGUGCCGACGGCCAGUCCAGAAGCGGCUGGUAG